GCACUUCAUUGUCUUUAUACCUACAUUCAAUUUUUAAAUAAUGAAACCAAGAUUUUAUUUACUAGGUAAAAUCGAAAAAAUUUUCAGAAGUGAAACACCACUUCCAAAAUGAGGACCACGAUCAGCCUUCUCUUAUUUUUUGUGGUGCUCAUACCGAAAAUAGAUGGAAAAUCCGUCCCAACAAAUAUUUCUUUAGCUAUACAACCAAAAAUCAUCGGAGGACAAAGAUUGAGCAUUCAUGAAAGACCAUACAUGCUCUCUCUUCACCGCAGACAAGCUGGAUUUCAAUGUGGGGCUUUCAUCAUAUCUGCUCAAUGGGGAAUUACCGCACAACAUUGUUUCCCAUUAAUGGAAACAUCAGCCUAUGUGGUUCGAGCUGGAUCAGACGAAUUUCAAAAAGGAGGAACUCUACAUCGCCUGACAGAAAUUAUAGUUUACGAUACGACUUUGUAUGAUGAAAAAGUUCCAAUUUCUGAUAUUGCUCUUUUCAAAGUCAACCCACAUUUCAAAUUUUCAAGUAGUGUGCAGCCAGCCUUAUUACCAACUGCAGGCACUUUUCCUAAUCCAAAAGUUCUCGUAGUUACUGGAUGGGGGAGCUUGAGACCACGUUCAUCCACAAAUAAACUAAGGGGUUAAAUUUGCAGUUCGAAUGCUUACCAAAUGGGGAACCUCUUCCUGGUUUUUCUCGCGUCGAAACGUCAUCAUCGU